AUGUGCGUGGAUGAGGAGUGGUGGAUCGAAACGCGGGUCCGAUCGGAGUGCACUGCCAUCUGUAUGAAGCUGGAAGACAGUGCAGACCCAGUUGUGCUACGUCUGCUAGAAUUCCCGGCGCAGUCCUGUGGCUAUCUUUUGAAUCACGUGCAGGAGCGAAAUGCGAUCCAGGCCCUCUUCGACACCAACGUGGAGUUUUGA